AAAACAAAUUUGUUAUUUUACCUUUUAUACUACUGAAAUGAAUGUGGGUUUUUUUUGUUGUUGCUAAAAUAUAUAAAAAUCUAUAUUUAGAAUCGGUUAAACUAUUCAUUUAAAUUUAUUUUUAAAAAAAAAGAAAUUAAUCAAAUGGCAACUUUACCAAGUUGUAUGUAUUGGACAUUUACAAAUACUGGUUUAUUAAUACAAGAUUGGUUAUUAAAACCAGUACGACCAAUUAAUUUAAAUGAAGCAAUUCAUCAAUUACAUUUAUCAUCUGUUAUCUAUUCUAAAAAUCAAUUUAUGAAUUCUAUUGAAAGACUGAAUAAUGAUAAUACUACAACAACAACAACAACAAUUUAUAAUGAUAAAAUACAACAAAUUAUACAAAUUAUAUUUUAUUUUAGUUUACCAUUAUUACCGGCUGCAACUAUUUUAUUUGCUAUUGUUAAUAUAUUUAUUGAAUCAAAACAUUAUACAUGUCCAAAAUAUACUAGAUUUACACGUCCUUAUAUACAAAAUGUAUCACAAUAUUUAAUUGCAUACUAUAUAUUAACUUGUAUUAAUUCAUCAUUAAUAUGGUUAAUUAUAUUACCACGUUAUAUACCAAUGUCAUUUGGAUAUUAUAAUAUAAUGAAUAAGAAUUUAACAUCUUCAUAUAUAGAUAUAUUGAAUGAUAAUAAUAAUAAUAAUACACCAAAAUUUAUAACACAAUUACCAGCUAUGUUAACAAUGCAAAUUGUAUUACGUUUAACAUUAUGUUGGUUAAUUAUAGGUUUAUUAAUUAAUCGUAUUUAUAUAUUAAAUGAAAUAUAUAUGAAUCCAUUAAAAAAAUCAUUUGGAUAUUAUAUAAAUUAUUUAUACACAUUAAUAAAAGAGAAUUUAAAUGAUGAUCAUUGUUUAACUACACUGAAUAAUCAUAAUCACAAUCAUAAUAAUAAUAGUACAGGUAUAUUACUGAAUGAUCAUAAACAACAAAAUCAACCAAUCAAAUCAAUCUUUCAAAAUUUAUUCAAAUUUACCGCCAAUUUAUGUUCAAUACAAAAAUGUCCAAUAUGUAAAUCAAUUAAUUAUAAUUGGUCAGAAGAUUAUGCAUGUUUUAUUUGUAAACCAAAUUCUAAUACUUAUAAUAAUAAUAAUAAUAUAAAAAUAUCAAACCAGCAAAUAAUUAAAAAUAAAUCAAAAAAUGAAAAUAUUGAUUUAAGUAGUAUAAUCAAUAUGAAAAAAAUGAAUUGUACUAUAAUUGGACGUUUAAUAUUAAUAAUAAGUUUAUUAAUUACAUGUUCAUUAGCAAUUUGUUUACCACAAGUAUGGUCAUAUCAAUUAAUUGGAAUUAAUUUAAAAAUUAAAUUAUUUAAUCAAUAUACAACAACUACUACUAAUGUCGAACAAAUUAGUAGUACUAGUAUUAGUAGUACAAGUAGUAGUAAUAAUAAUAAUCAUGAAAAAUAUUAUCCAGCAUGGCGUUUAUUAAAUAAAACUGGUCAAACAUUAUAUGAAUAUUGUUUUUCAGCAAUUAGUUUUGUUAUACCAUGUUGUACAAUGAUUGUAUGUUUAUUAUUAUUAAUAAUACGUUUAAUUAAAAUGAAAUAUGAAUUCAAUCAUAUAAUAUUACAUAACAUUCAUUUUAAUAAUAAAAAAAAUAUAAAAUUUAAUCAAUUAUAUAUAAAUAUCAUUAAAUAUUGUUUAAUUUAUUUAAUACAAGAUAGUAUAUUAAUAUUAAUUAUAGGUAUUAUACAAUUAUGUUGUACCAUACCAUAUUUAAUGACAAAUUCAAUUAAUCGUUUAGAAUGUUUAUUAAUUAAUAAUCAAUCAAAAAAUCAAUUUAUACCAAGUUUAUCCUCUAUAGCAACAACAACAACAGCACCACCACCAACAACAACAACACCAGUAAUAUCAUCAACCAUAGCAACUGAAUCAUUUUGGCCAACACGUCAAAAUUGGUUAUUUAUAGAAAUGAAUAAUUUAUUUGGUGAUUUUUUAAUUCAAUUAAUUAUUUUCUCUGUACAUUUAUGUGAAACAAAUUAUUUAUUAAUAAAUAAUUAUAAAUUUAAUAAUUUUGAAAAAAAUAUAAUUAAAUGUCAACAUAAUAAUUAUGAAUUGAAUGAAUUAAUGAAACUUCAUGAAAUCAAUGAAAAAUUUAUUGAAUAUCAAGAUAAUUAUGAAUGUAAUCAACAUAGAGAUGAUAAUGAUAAUGAUGAUGACGAUGAUAUUGAUGAUCAUGAUAAUGGUGACAGUAAUGAUGAAGAUGCCUGUGUUAAUGAUCUUGAUAAUGACAAUAAUCAUGUUGAUAUUAAUAUUGAAAAUGGAAAUAGAAAAAAAUUAUAUACAUAUCAAAUGAAAACACCAACAGAUAGUGGACAAACAAGUAAAAAUAUAUCACCAUUACCUAUUUCACAUACAAUAUCUGAUGUACUUUUAUCACCAAAAUUUCGAUCGAAACAAACUAUUUAUAGAUUAAAUCAACAGUAUAGAACACAUCGAUCUACACCAUCAACAUUACCAUCUCCAUUAUUACAACGUAUACCAGAAAUCAUAAAUUACGACCCAUCACAUCAUUAUCAACAGCAACAACAACAACAACGUAAUAAUAAUUGUAAUAGUUUUACAACAAAAUAUCCAACGAAUUCAUAUGUAGAACCAAAAACAAAUAUGGCUAGUUUAACAUACUCACCAAGAUCACGUCAUCCCUGUCGAUUACAGAAUAAAAUAUUACCGCAUGAUUCAACCAAGUCAAUUAAUAAUAAUACUAGUAUUCAUAUGUCGAAUCCAUCAUCUUUAAUUCAAUCAACAAAAUUGAUCACAACACCAAAUAUGAAUUUGACUCGUAUUCGACAAAAUCAACAAAUAAGGAAUAAUUCACCACCACCAUUACCUCCUCCACCGAAACAUUUAAUAUAUAUGCUUGGAGGUGAUUCAUCAAUCUAUUCAACACCGCAUGGAUCACCACAACAGGCAAAUACACGUAAACAUAUGAUCUUAAAUAGCCCUAACAACAAUACUUCUAAUAAUAAUAAUAUUUCAGUAGACUAUUCACCAGAUUUAUUACAUGUAAGUAAUAUUUCAAAACAUGAAAGUUCAACAACUGGAAGUUUUCGACAAACUGAUUCAGGUGUUACAAAUAUGGGUGGUUCAUUAAUUGAUAGUGAACAAUAUGAACCAAAUACAAUCGUAACAUAAUUUUAUCCUGACUAAUUAUUUUUUAUGAAGUUGAUCAUUUGAAAUGAACACACUUGACAACAUCAUGUUUAUUUCCUGUCUUCUAGGUUGUAAGGAAAAUUUAUUCUUGUUUUUAAUUUGUAAAGGAUAUAUAUAAAUAUACUCCAGUUUUUGUGACAUGGACAAUAUCUUAGCCAAACAAAAUGAUGAAUGUUUAUCUAAAAAGUGCAAUAUUAUGUAAAGAUUGAUUUGCUGUUCUCCUUUUAUGAGACUAUUUACAAGUUAUAUUUAGAUUCUUCUAAAAUAGACAACACAAAACAGCUGUUUUACAACUUAUUCCAUUGUCAUUUUUAAUGUUAUAUUAUAUACUACUUGUAAGUAAAUUAAUUUAAUUAACUUCAAUUUUAACCGAGAGAUUAAUUCAACACAAAUAAAUGAUUUUAUUCAUUAAAGUAUUUUUUGUAAAUAUGUUGCAUAAACUAUUGUUGACUUCAUUAUACCUAACGAUAGUCUUCUGGCAAACUGAAGCCAAUAAAUUUAGGACAACCGUAUGUAAAACAGUUAUUAAGCACUGGGAAACACUGUGGACCACACGUUAUCAUUUUUAAAAAUGGCUGAAGCUAGGAUCAGGAAAUUCUGAGUUUAACAUCAUAUAUGGUCGUAGAUGUAUAUUUUUAGUUGUGAGCGAGAACUGAAGGUCUUGAAUUUGGUCAUCAAUGAGAUUAUGAAUGAGUUCUUUAAUGAGGUCCCAUAUUAGAACUUUACAGUUGUCCAUUGUUUUCCAAUUUUCACCAGUUUUCAAACCAAAAUCAGUUCUUGGUGUAAAGCGUAAAAAGCCAAUCCCGUUUUUUGAUGUUUUUUCAGCUAAUCUCGAUUUGUGGUGAAAGUUAUCACAAAAUAAUUAUUCCAAAAAUAAACG